GGAAAUCAUAAUUCAGAGAUAAUCUACUUCAAGUCAUGAUUAUUCCUUCACGACUGGUUUUUGUCAACCGCACUUAAUGCUAUACAGUCUGGAAAACGAUGACUACGCCAUGGGUGAACUUCAAACCCCAAGCUCUUCAGUUUGCAGAUUGAUCACGUGUAUUGUCGAUGAAUACAAGAAGAGAAUCUAGUGUGCUUUUGAGAGGAGCCGAGGAUUAUAAUCUGUGGAAAUUUGCUUCUCAAAUUGAUGGAUGUUGAUAGUUAUAGAUAGCUGAGAUUUUUGAACGGAAAAGUUACAGAGAAAAAAAGACAUCCCAGGUCUUUUUCAACAUUAUUUAGGGUUUUAAAACCAGAGUUCCAUUUUUGUUAUGGUUGGUAGACUAGAAGUGAAACCCCACUGAAUGGAUGGAUCAGGAGCUUAGGACUUUUUAGCCAACGAUUAGAGUGAGUUUCUUCUUAAAAUUAUUUUUAUCCUUGUUACCAACAAUGUCGGAGAAGAAUUUGCCUCCUUCAAGAUUUCUUUUUUGUAUAAUAAUGAUUUCCAUGUUCAUUUUGAUCCUCUCUUCCGUUUUCCUUCUUGGAUUUACAAAUUCUUCUCUGAUACCAAAAUCAGUUUUCAAGCUAAUUCUUCUUAACAAUUCAUCAGUCUGCCUAAAUAGGGAACAAAUUAGGCUUCCUUUAUUCUCUUCUGACAUUUCACUAGCUAAUGCUAAAGCACCAUUAAUUAGUGGAGGAUUGAAUUGUGGGAAUUCCUGUUCUGCAAAAUAUAUGCCUUCUACUGGACAAAAUAUGAACAACGCCUAUGCUCCACUCAAGGUUUUUAUGUAUGACUUGCCCCCAGAUUUUCACUUUGGGUUACUGGGAUGGAAGGGAAAGCCAAACCAGACUUGGCCAAAUGUCAAUAACCCAGAUGACAUCCCACCAUACCCGGGUGGCUUGAAUUUACAGCACAGUAUGGAAUACUGGCUUACCAUGGAUCUUCUUGCUUCCAACAUAAGUACAGCCAGACCAUGCAGCAUAAUUAGAGUGAAGAAUUCAAGUCAAGCAAAUGUUGUCUUUGUACCCUUCUUCUCUUCUGUGAGUUACAACCGACAUUCUAAGCUUCAUCGAGACCAGAACAUUUCUCUUGAUAGUUAUUUGCAGAAUAAAUUGGUGGAAUUUCUGAUGAGUCAGGAUGAAUGGAAGCGGUUGGGGGGAAAAGACCAUUUAAUUGUAGCUCAUCAUCCAAAUAGCAUGUUGCAAGCAAGAAAGAAAUUAGGCUCUGCAAUGUUUGUGCUAGCAGAUUUUGGAAGAUAUCCUACUGAAAUUGCAAAUUUGCAGAAGGAUAUAAUUGCUCCUUACAAGCAUAUUGUAAAGACCAUUUCAGCUGGUCAAUCAGCCCCUUUCCACAAGCGUCCUAUUUUAGCAUAUUUCCAAGGAGCAAUAUAUAGGAAAGAUGGAGGGAUCAUUCGCCAAGAACUAUAUUACCUUCUCAAAGAUGAGAAAGAUGUGCACUUUGCAUUUGGAACUGUGCAGGGGAAGGGGGUUAGCCAAGCAAGCAGAGGGAUGGGCUCAGCCAAAUUCUGCCUGCACAUUGCUGGUGAUACCCCAUCUUCCAAUCGCCUCUUUGAUGCUAUCGUGAGCCAUUGCGUGCCUGUGAUUAUAAGCGAUGAUAUUGAGCUACCAUUUGAAGAUGUCUUGGACUACUCAGAAUUUUGUAUAUUUAUUCGUGCAUCUGAUGCUGUAAAAAAUGGAUACAUUCUGAAUCUUCUUCGCGGAAUUAGCAAAGGCCAGUGGGACCAAGAUGUGGAAAAGAUUGACGGAAGUUUUACCACAUUAUGAAUAUC